GUAAGACUCUCCUCUGGUCAAAUCAGUUUUUUAGCAUCACCGAAGUGGCCACUCCAGCCCCAAGUAAUACCAUGGGGAGGUUUGUGUUAGUUGUCCUCUGGGCACUAUCUUUCUGCAGAGGUUUAGAAGGAAUGUCAGGACUAUUUGGCUCUUUGGAGGAAACAUCAACAGCCAGAGACAGAGGGUUGUGCAGCACCUGGGGAAAUGGAGCCUUCAGGACAUUUGAUAACGGUUUCUAUCAUUUCACAUCAACCUGCAACUAUAUUCUGAGUCGCCACUGUACAGGUGGCACAGAAGAUUUUAACAUUCAAAUCCGCCGAGGCCCAGAUGGCAAUUUGGAACAUGUAUUCAUCCAAAUAGAAGGUGUCAAGGUUCUCAUAGUGAACGGGACAAUCACUGUGCAAGAUGCAUUAGUGAGUCUUCCACAUAACGACAAGGUACUUGGCAUCCAUAAACACGGAGUUAACACCAGACUUUCAAACAGGAAACAUACUAUUUUUGUGAACUGGAAUGGUAAUGAUGCUUUAUGGGUACAUCUUGAUGAUAAAUAUCAAGGACAACUGUGUGGCCUUUGUGGAGACUUUGACAAAAGCAGCAACAUUGUUUAUGAUGCAACCUUUCUUGUCACAAAUAAAUUGAAUGUUCUGGGCCACACUUGUUACAUCGACCGAUCUUCACAGCCAUCAUGUGAUGCAAUCACUAAAUGCCAUCCGAUUUCUUCACUGUUCCUCUCGUGUUACGAGAACGAAGUGACAACCAAAUACUGGAAACUGUGCCAGGCAGAUAUCUGCAGCUGUAAAACAUCAAGGUGCGAAUGUGCUUUUUUUGAAGAAAUGGCACGGCGAUGUAAUGGAGGACUGAAUAACAUGUGGAAAAACUGGAGAAAUGAGACAGGGUGUGCGCCGCCCACUUGCCCAAGAAAUCAGAUAUAUAAGGAAUGUGGUUCUGCCUGUAUUCCAACCUGUACUGAUCCAAAUCCCCAACUGCAGUGUGAUCAGUGUGUGAGUACAUGUGUCUGUCCAGAAGGCCAUCUUCUGGAUAACAUAAGAGGUUCCAAAAAAUGCGUCAGCAAAACUGAAUGUCCUUGUGAAUAUGGUGGGCAGUUUUAUAACUCGGGAGAUAACAGAAUCACAUCCUGCCAGUCAUGCACUUGCAAACAUGGGAGCUGGUCAUGCUCCCAUCCCAGCUGUCCUGGCACAUGCACGAUUGAAGAAGCAACUUAUUUUACAACGUUCGACAACAGUUACUACAGUAUAAUUGGAGAUUGUUCAUACUACGCUGUGGUUACAAACAGCUGGACCAUCAAGAUCGAUAUCCGACAGUGUCAAGCAGUUUUUGAACAGUCUUGUUUGCAGCGAGUUGUCCUCACUACAAAUCAGACGACUUAUGUGUUCAGCAAUAAUGGCAAGGUGUAUUCGAACGGACAGGCAAUUGGAAUUCCAGUGAAAACAGGCGAAAUAAUAAUAUUUCAGAAGUCCUCUAUGUUCAUUCAAGUCGCAACAACAUUUGGCCUGAAGAUGCAAGUGCAGACAGCACCUGUUAUGCAGCUUUACAUUUCAUUGCCUGUGUAUGCAAACGAAACCACAAGAGGUUUAUGUGGCACUUUCAAUGGUGAAGCUGAAGAUGACUUUCUAUCUGCACAAGGCAUUUUGGAAAGCACUCCUGUUACAUUUGCUGAUUCCUGGAAGACUGAUGACAGGUGUCCUGAACCAAAAAUACCAGUCCCUUGUGUCAGUUCAGAAAAUGAAAACUAUGCCAAGCUAUAUUGCUCUCAAUUGAAAGAUCCAACAAGUGCUUUCUCCAUCUGCCAUUCCACUGUGGAUUACCUGAAAUAUUAUCAGAUGUGUGUGGCAGCUACCUGUGCCUGUGAGAAUAUCAAUGACUGCCUGUGUGCUGCCUUGGGAACAUACGUCCAUGAGUGUGCUGCUAAUGAUGUUAUCGUGAGAAACUGGAGAAGAGACAUUUGCAAUAAACCAUGCACCAACACUCAGGUCUUUGACACUGACAUGAGAGCCUGUAACCGUACCUGUAGGUCACUCGCAAUGUACGAUUACACUUGUGAAGUCAAGGAUACUCCUGUUUUUGGCUGCGGCUGUCCUGAGGGAAAAUACAUGGAUGACACUGGAGCUUGUGUUGACAAGUUGGACUGCCCGUGUUACAUUGGUGACAUGGUUGUCAAUAAAGGGCAGAGUAUUACACUGAAUGGAAGAAGCUGUAAGUGUGAAAAUGGGAAACUUGAUUGUCCGGUCAUUCCUACACCCGGUAGAGAAUGUCAGAACGGGAAACUAUAUAAUGAUUGCACCAACCCUAAUGUAAAUAAACAGUCAUGCAGAAAUCGAAAUAUUCCUCAGGUGUUUAGUCCGUGUUUACCUGGCUGUGUCUGUCCUGAUAAUCUUGUGGAAGAUGACAGUGGAAGAUGCAUCCGUCCUGAGCAGUGUCCUUGUGUGUUUGGAGGAGAAAAGCAUCCUGCUGGAAAAACAAUCCAGCGAGACUGCAAUCAAUGUACAUGCAAUGCCGGAAUAUGGAAAUGCACUACAAAUUCAUGUCCAAAGACCUGCCAGGUUCAUGGAGAUGGCCAGUACAUCACCUUUGAUGGAAAAAGAUACAUGUUUGAUGGCAACUGUGAAUAUAUUUUUGUUGAGGACCAUUGCAAUCAAGGAGAAGGGACAUUCCAAAUAUUAAUAGAAAGUGUUCCAUGUUGCGAAAAUGGAGUGACCUGCUCAAGAAACAUCAAAAUUUUGUUUGCGGAGGUAGAAUUCCUUCUAACUGAUGGAAGAGUGGUAAGGACUGGUAAAUCUCGUCAAACCCAGUGUCGAGAUAAUUCUUAUUCAUUUCACACGGUCGGACUUUAUUUAAUCCUCUCAUUUUCAAAUGGGAUUGUUGUGAUAUGGGAUAGACACACAAAGAUUUCGAUAACAUUGGACCCAAGAUGGAAAAACAAAGUAUGUGGACUGUGCGGAAAUUUCAAUGACGAUGUUGCAGAUGAUCUAAAAACAAAAGGAAAUUCUUUGGUGACCAAUACUGUAAAAUUAGGAAACAGCUGGAAAUCUUCAUUGUCUUGUUCAGAUAUAUUGAAUCAAACAUUUCCUUGCGAUAGAAACCCAUACUGUUUAACAUGGGCUCAGAGGAGAUGCAGCAUAAUGAAGGAUGUUGUGUUUCAAAAUUGCCAUAAAAAGGUAGACCCAGUCCCAUAUUAUGAUGCUUGUAUUGAAGAAGCUUGUGCCUGUGACAUGGAAGGGAAAUAUCUGGGCUUCUGCACUGCUGUAGCUGUGUAUGCAGAAGCUUGUAAUAAAGCUGGAGUUUGUAUUAAUUGGAGAACACCGGACUUGUGUCCUGUUUACUGUGACUAUUAUAACACUCCCGGUGAGUGUAGCUGGCACUAUCAGCCUUGUGGAACAAUAAAAACGCGAACAUGCUCCGACCAUCACAUCGGGAAAAAAUAUUCUGCAGUUCUUGAAGGUUGUUAUGCAAGAUGCCCUAAGAAUACUCCGUAUCUGGAUGAAAAUAAAAUGAAAUGUGUUAAUCUACCUGAUUGUACUUGUUAUUAUAAUGGGAAAAUAUUGCUGCCAGGCAAUAGAACCAUGAAUGAUUGUGAAGAAUGUGUGUGCACGAAUGGGAAAGUGAUAUGCAGAGAAACAAAAACAACAACAAUAACAACAACAACAGCAACAACAACAAAAGUAGAACCUACAACUUCAUCAACCACAUCCGAAACAACAUCACCAACAACAAAGGUGCCACCCACAACGACAUCGCCUAGCAUCUACACAACUGACUGGAAAUGUAAUGGUGUCUGGUCUGAAUGGUAUAAUGACCACAGACCAUCUGAAUACAGUCCAGGCGAUACUGAAUUACUGGAAUCCAUACGGCAAGAUCUGUGUCCUUCCAGUUACUGUACAAUUAAAAAAGUUGAGUGCCAAUUUGUCGAUUUCACUGAGUGGCCAAUAAGUGAAUCACCAGACAAUGUGACCUGUGACCAAGACGUAGGACUGGUCUGCACAGUCUCCAAUAAGUCUUUGGAGGAAUUCAACAUCUGUCUUGACUAUCAAAUUCGAUUUUGCUAUGAGCAUGAAGCAACAACUCCAAGUACAACAUCAACAACAACAAUUUAUGAAACAACCUCAACAAAAACAAAGGUGCCACCCACAACAACAUCGCCCAGCAUCUACACAACUGACUGGAAAUGUAAUGGUGUCUGGUCUGAAUGGUAUAAUGACCACAGACCAUCUGAAUACAGUCCAGGCGAUACUGAAUUACUGGAAUCCAUACGGCAAGAUCUGUGUCCUUCCAGUUACUGUACAAUUAAAAAAGUUGAGUGCCAAUUUGUCGAUUUCACUGAGUGGCCAAUAAGUGAAUCACCAGACAAUGUGACCUGUGACCAAGACGUAGGACUGGUCUGCACAGUCUCCAAUAAGUCUUUGGAGGAAUUCAACAUCUGUCUUGACUAUCAAAUUCGAUUUUGCUAUGAGCAUGAAGCAACAACUCCAAGUACAACAUCAACAACAACAAUUUAUGAAACAACAUCAACAAAAACAAAGGUGCCACCCACAACGACAUCGCCCAGCAUCUACACAACUGACUGGAAAUGUAAUGGUGUCUGGUCUGAAUGGUAUAAUGACCACAGACCAUCUGAAUACAGUCCAGGCGAUACUGAAUUACUGGAAUCCAUACGGCAAGAUCUGUGUCCUUCCAGUUACUGUACAAUUAAAAAAGUUGAGUGCCAAUUUGUCGAUUUCACUGAGUGGCCAAUAAGUGAAUCACCAGACAAUGUGACCUGUGACCAAGACGUAGGACUGGUCUGCACAGUCUCCAAUAAGUCUUUGGAGGAAUUCAACAUCUGUCUUGACUAUCAAAUUCGAUUUUGCUAUGAGCAUGAAGCAACAACUCCAAGUACAACAUCAACAACAACAAUUUAUGAAACAACAUCAACAAAAACAAAGGUGCCACCCACAACGACAUCGCCCAGCAUCUACACAACUGACUGGAAAUGUAAUGGUGUCUGGUCUGAAUGGUAUAAUGACCACAGACCAUCUGAAUACAGUCCAGGCGAUACUGAAUUACUGGAAUCCAUACGGCAAGAUCUGUGUCCUUCCAGUUACUGUACAAUUAAAAAAGUUGAGUGCCAAUUUGUCGAUUUCACUGAGUGGCCAAUAAGUGAAUCACCAGACAAUGUGACCUGUGACCAAGACGUAGGACUGGUCUGCACAGUCUCCAAUAAGUCUUUGGAGGAAUUCAACAUCUGUCUUGACUAUCAAAUUCGAUUUUGCUAUGAGCAUGAAGCAACAACUCCAAGUACAACAUCAACAACAACAAUUUAUGAAACAACAUCAACAAAAACAAAGGUGCCACCCACAACGACAUCGCCCAGCAUCUACACAACUGAAUGGCAAACAACAGUGACAACUGCUACAAGUUCCCCUAUUCACAGCACCACUACUGAACUGUUUUGCAAUGGAGAAUGGUCAUCCUGGUUUAAUACCAAUACGCCAUCUAUUCAGGAUAAAGGCGAUUAUGAACUGUUGGAAGAAUUACCCCCAAUGUGUCCCUAUGAAAUAAGUGACAUUAAUUGCGAAGCUAUCAAGUACCCACAGCAACCAAUAAAUAAAACACAGGACAUUGUUACUUGUGAUAGAACGAAAGGGCUGAUCUGCAAUUACACUGACCAGAGUCCCAAGGAUCGCCUCAUGUGUCUGGAUUAUAGAAUUAGAGUGUGCUGUGAGCGAAAGCAGAGUACUACCACAAUAAUUCCCACAAUCUAUGAGACCACAUCCAAGAAUGUCACAUACAGUCCAUGUUUUUGCCAUUCAAACCCACGAAGGAAGUGUUUGGAAUCAUGGCAGGACAACUGCACAAUUGUUACCUGUAUGAAAGGAGAUACGUAUAAAAUCGAGCCCGUUAUCUGUCCAGAGUUGGGUAAACCAAAAUGUGGUAAUAAUAUUGAGCCUGUGAAAGUUCGCACCGAAAACGGAUGUUGUGAGCAGUGGGAAUGUGAAUGUGAAUGUGAAGUAUGGGGAGACCCUCAUUAUACCACAUUUGGCGGUUUGUCAUAUGACUUCUUUGGUGACUGCACAUAUACACUAGUGGAAGAAAAAAUCCCAAAGUACAAUUUCUCAGUUCUGGUGGAUAAUUAUUUUUGCAUCCCCUUCAUAAAGAACUCUUGCCCAAAAGGCCUAAUUAUCUCUUAUAAUGGAAACGUUGUGCAUAUUUCAACUGGGGGAGAAUAUGUGUUAACAGUCAAUGGAAUAAACGUGAAACUUCCCUACAAUUCAAAAGGAUUUAGCAUUACAAAAUUAGGCUCCAGCACACGUAUUUUUAUUCCUGACAUUCGAACAGAAAUUAAUGCUCUCCGUAAUGCCUUUAAGAUCAGAGUACCUGAAAAAUACUUCUUUAACAACACUCAAGGCCAAUGCGGAUCCUGCUCUGCAGACCAAUGCAUUAGAAAAAAUGGCAAAGUUGAGCCUUCUGACUGUUGUCACAAAACUGCAUUUGAUUGGAAAGUUGAUGAUCGCAGUAAACCUUACUGUGAUUCAGCUCCCACUAAUGUUCUCUGUAGUCCCCCUCUUCCUCCACCAACGUGCCCCGGUGUGAAAACAAUCUGUGAUAUCAUUCAUGGAGAACCAUUUGGAGAAUGCAGAAGGAAGAUCGACCUUAAGCGGUUUGUCAAGAGUUGUGACUUUGACCACUGUGUUCUCAAUUCCACUGCUGACUGUAGUAGCUUGGUAGCUGCUUCUGCCGCCUGUGCAAGUGUGGGGGUGUGUGUGGAUUGGAGGAAUUACACAAAUGGAAAAUGCAAUUAUAUCUGUGAUGAAGGUUUAGUAUACAAGCCAUGUGCAAGGAAUAACAGUGACUAUUGUGAACAUAAUGUGGUGAAAGCUGGAGAGAUGUUCAACCCAGCUGAGGAAGGCUGCUUUUGUCCAGAUGGAUUGGUUUUUUCUGAAGACAGGUCCAAAUGUGUUCCUUUUUGUGAAAGUUGCCAUGACUAUUUAGGACGGCCAAGAAAGAAUGGUGAGACAUGGGAAGAUCCUACAAAUCCGUGCAUUUCAUAUUCAUGCACACCGUAUGGAGUUUUAAUCAGAAAUCAGUCUUGCAAUCAGGAUGAAACCUGCCCUAAGUCUCAAAGAAACUAUGUCAAUCGUUGCUGUUUUAUAUGCAAUCAAAUACAAGGUCAAUGCGCAAUCAAUAGAUUCAAUGAAACAAUAACAAAAGGAUAUUGUACAGCAACCUUUAUGGCAAACCGAUGUCAAGGACAUUGUCCAUCAGCAAGUUGGUAUGACUCCAAAAGAUAUCGCGUGGACAAUUUUUGCCAGUGCUGCAAAGAAGCCUUUACUGAAAAGAUGAGUGUGCAAUUAUAUUGUCAAAAUGGACGCACCAAGAGAGUCAAAUACAUCGCAAUCAAGUCUUGCAAAUGCCAAAAUUGUGUAAAAUAGAUAUAAAUCGCUGCUGUAUAUGUACAUCUACUGUACCAAGGAUCAAGGUUUCAAAAUCUUGCAUGGAAAGCUUUUCAAUGCAAUAUUAAAACUAAAUUUGGGAAAUAAUCUGCAUUAUAUUUUGAUAGAUUUAUUAUCUUCAAUCAAAUGUAAUAAUAGUUUCUUAAAAGCUUAAAAUGCUGUUUCUGUUCAAGGCUCUUUGUGAUGGGAAGCUGUGGAAUAUUUACAGUUCUGAUGUUAAAUGCCUGUUACAAUUUAUUUGAUCAGAAAUAAGAACCAAUAAACUUAACAAUAGAGCACAAGAA